AUGAAUCUCUCAACUUCUGUCCAAAUAGAUUUACUACAAGUGGCAAAACACAAGACAAGUGCUCAAGGGCCCGCACUUCUGGUGGUGGAGGAAGAUCUCUACCAAAUGAUGGUUCUGUACAACCAAGCAUGCAAAAUAGAUUCAUCAGGAGAGACUUUCUUCAGCAAUAAUAGUGGGCAGGAAAUCCGUCCUGGCCAAGAAAUGAGCAGACUUUGGAAGUCCUUGGGAAUUCGUGUUGGUAAAACGGUGAACCCGACACAGUUUAGGAAAAAUGUGGCGGUUAUGUCAUGGAAAUACAACAACACGGAUUCGGACCGUAUAAGGGUAGCCGAUUAUAUGCGCCACAACGUCAAAACCCAAAGGCUUUAUUACGACGCCCAACAAAGGCACCGUGAUGCUGUUGCGGCCAAGACUUUAAUUACCAAACUAAAAAAGAAACAAUCCAAUCAAGACUCAAAUGCACAGCAGUUGGAUAAUGUUGGGGUAACAGUUGAGGCAGCACAGCAAAUGUCUAAAUCCAAUCAAGACUCAAAUGCACAGCAGUUGGAUAAUGUUGGGGUAACAGUUGAGGCAGCACAGCAAAUAUCUAAAGAACACUAUUUUAGAACCAGGUAUGCAUUUACAAACAUGGACAUUGCCCUGCUCCGAGUCAUAUUUAAGUCUGUGCUUAAGGGAAGAGUCACAAAAGCAAAGGUUAAGGCACUCUACGAUAUAAAUGAAGACAUUCAACACAUGACACUAAAGUCUGUCUAUGAUAAAGUUAGAAACUUAAAGAAAUGAACACGUUUCAAGCUUAUUAAUGGUUGUACUUUGUGUGGUCGGAUUAUUUUGUGUUUUUGAUUUAAAGUCGAGUAGACUUCUAUAGGGUUUGAUGAAUAGAAGGUUCUACCUUAGGUAUGUUAAUUAGGUGCCAAAAAACACAAAAAUAAAUGUUGGCAAUUUAUUUUGUUGGAAUGGCAGCAGAUGUCUGUCAUCUAUAAUUUUAAAAUGGCGACUACCUUGACAACUGCAUAUCACAGAAACUUGAUUUUGGUCUCCAAUUGUUUGUAAUACUGUAUAUAAGUUUAUAUUCGCUCUAAUGAAAAAGCUUACUGGAAAAUGGCAGGAGAUGUCAUUUCUGACCUUUGACCUUAUGUUAAUGAAAUUUCUAUAUCUUCAUAACUACUCAUAGAGUACUAUUACAUAGAUACUUGAUUUUGGUCUCAAAUUGCUCAGAAUAUAUAAGUUUAUAUUCGCUUUGAUAAAAACUUUCCUUGGAAAAUGAUCGGAAUGAAAUGUCUACUAAACAUAGAGACUUGAUUUUGUUUAGUAGACAUGAAAUUGUUUGGAAUAUAUAAGUUUAUAUUUGCUCUAAUAAAAACCCUCUUCGGAAAAUUAGCGGAAAUGGCAUUCUGACCUUUGACAUUAUGUUAAUAGCAUUUAUACUUGAUUUUGAUCUCAAAUUGUUUAGAAUACUGUUUUUUUGUCAAAAUAAAACAUUCCACAAGCUGCAAAUGAAGUGCCAUUUCCGACCUUUGAUCUAAACAUUGCUAAAAUGAACAAUACUUCAAAAUCUCCGGGGCUGAACUUUUGAACGGACUACGAACACAUUUAAAUGCAAGAAAUUAUGUCAAAUUUUUAUAAUUCCUGAUUAUGACACAAUAAUGUUGAAAUAUUGAAUCCAAACACGAUGGCAUGCAUUUCAAUACUUGGAGUAUUAUGUCAACUUUAGGUUUUUAAAAGUCCUAUAAGGAAAAUUAUUUUUAAAAUUUUUAUCUUAAAUCAUUUUUGUACAUUACCUUUGAAAUAAUUUUUCUACUGCUAACUCAUUUUUAGAUAUUUUUUUAAAAAUACAUUUUAAAAAUUUAAUCUUGACCUAUAACAUCUUAAAGGAAAUUUAUACCUUUAAAUGUUUAACAGGCACAGUCCCUGAGUACUUAAAUAAUUUUUAUGAGCAAAUGGACAAUUUAUCACAGUCUAAACACAAGAAGCAAAUCGAAAAAUACAUUAGUUUUACCUAAAUGGAACAAUGAAUUUGGGGAAAAAACAUUCAAAUAACGCUUGGUUAAACUGUGGAACCAUCUUCCACCUGAUAUUCGCAGUUCAAUAAAUUCCUUAACUUUGCAUUCCUUCAAAAAUUUGAUUUAAUAUUACUUCUUCUGUAUACCAAAUUUUGCUUGUGUUUACCAAAUUUUCUUUUGUUUUUGUAUAUAUAAUUUCUUAACUUCAUUUCUUAUUUUAAUGUUUUAACUAUUAACUGGACCUUAAGGAAGAACAAUGUAAAAGUUGAUUAAGUAUCCAGAAUAAAGAAAGAUUUCUAUCUAUCUAA